UCGUGAUUCGGAACGUAGCUGUCACUUUCAUCGACGAUUCGACAAUACGUGGAGGGUGAAGUGAAAGAUCAAAGAAUCCAAAUUUUAAACUCAUAAUUAUAAGAUAAACUCUCCAAAAAAUAAUUGCAAAAUGGUCACAAAGUAUUUAUUAACGAUUUUCGCUAUCGCCAUCAGUGGAUCCUUAGCAGAAAGCUGUAAGAAUCCUCAAGUUGAAGCGGCCUCUUUCACGACUUUAGAUGCCACCGUGGUCACCCAAAUAGCCUAUAUUACUGAAUUUACGCUGAAAUGCGAUAAUCCUUUGCCUGAAAACUAUGCGUUGUACGCCGAGGUAGAUGGAAAAGCUCUGACUGCGGCGCGCGUCGGAGUAAACAAAUACCAGGUGUCGUGGACGGAGGAACCAUCCAAGGCACGCUCGGGAGUCCAUGAAAUCCAUGUGAUGGAUGAGGAAGGCUGGGCGUCUCUGCGCAGGGCUCGCCGCUCGGACCCUGCCGCCACCGUCGCUCCACUGUUGGCUAUUCAAUUACAACAUCCAGGAAGCUACUCAGGUCCAUGGGUCAACUCAGAGGUGUUAGCGACCGCACUGUCCAUCAUCGUCGCGUACACGGCCCUGCGCAGCAAGACCAGCAUCCUAGCUUAGUUUGUACAAAUAUAUCUAGUUGUUUUAAUAUAUUUUAAAUUAAAAUAUUCAAUUAAAUAUC